UUGGGAGCAAAUGACAAGGAUAUCAAAGAUUUCUAUUCAUCUCUCUCAAACGACAUCAGAAACUCAACAAAUGGAGUGAUAACUAAUAUAGCAAACGCAUUUUUUCUCCAAAAUAUAUUCAUUCACGUCACUUUCACACAGUUCAGCAAGAAAUAUACAAUCGCGAAGCAGUUUGCUGAUACCAUACACCAGCUUUAUGCAGCGAAAGUAGAGGUCUUGGAUUUUGAUCAAAUUCAAGAGACAGCAAAGACUAUCAACGCCUUCGUCGAUAAAACAACCAAGGGGAAGAUCAAAGACUUCAUUCACGAUGAUAUGGUUAAGGUGCUAUGGGCAGUCAUGACUAAUGCUCUAGAUGCCUUUUCGCUGGUUGUCAAUGCAAUUUAUUUCACUGCAAAGUGGGAGUACGUAUUCUUCAAGGAAAUGACAUCAAACGCAACUUUUUAUAGCUCUGAAAACCAGCAGAGAGAGAUCGAAUUCCUCAAAGAAUCCGAGGAGUAUCGCUACUACACGGAGGACGAGAGAGUGCAAGUUCUGUCACUUCGUUACAAGGACACUUCCUAUGCAUUCAAUGUAUUUCUUCCACGAAAACGAUUUGCACUCGAGGAAGUGAAACGCCACCUAGACGGAGAAAUGGUUCAAAAGCUAUUGUCCAAACUUAAGCGGACAUACGUAACGGUAACUGCUUUUCCACAAAUUAUUUGAAU